CUUCAUCCAGCAGCCGGGACAUUUGCGGGAUUUGCCGCAUGAUUUACUGUGGACUGCCUACAGUUGGGCCACUCUUUAGGGUGUGAAUCCCCUCCGGCGCUAGGACCUCGCGGAACUUGAUGGACAAAAAAGUGAAACUCAAACGCGAUUCCUGUUCGAUAGGUUGGAGUGUUUUCUUUUUGUGGAUGUCCAAGUGGUGGCGGAGAAUUGGUUUCUAACUGCACGGUCUCGGAAAAGUCAGCGAAAGAACAGUGACACGGGAAUUUAACUGCACGAAUAAAAGCGGAGUAAAUUGAAUAACGGGAGAGGACAAGUGAAGAACUCUGACAAAAAUGAUUGAAUUUACAGAAGAAGAUCUGGACUUUUACCUGCUGAAUCAGGUGCAUCUGCGAGAUCGGGAAGUUUCAAAGACUGAAGAAGAAGUUUAUGCCAUCGUUCAAGAACUGACUUCUGCAAUCAGCACAGAGGAUAGCCGCUUUCAGCCCAUUUCUCAUUCUGGAAUUAACAAUGAAAACAUCAAGGUUCAGUCACCAACACAGUUUUUCAUUAUGGUUCCGGUCCGAGGUCUGGCAGCUUACACAGAACGGAAGGCACGCCAGUGGCGUUAUUAUACCUUGACUGGUUCCAAGCUCAUCUCACCUGUUCAAGAGCCCGAGAAACUUCAUCAGUGGUUGGAGGUGGAUCAGUUUCUUAAGAGUACCCAAGAAUGGCACGAGUCAGAUGUGACUAUUGAAGGUGACAUUGUUCCUUCUAAGGUAGUUGCUAUCUUUAAAGCACUGCUUGAGAAACCACUCCAGGCCUCUAAUUUUCAUGGGAAAAUCAAUGUUUUGGAAAGCGUUGGCCCUACCAUACGACUUGCUGUGGAAACAACAGAACAGCAUGUUGAGGUGGAGAUUGUACCAGCCAUUGAAAUUGCCAGCCACUGGCCAAAAAAAGCACGUUGGCCACGGUUUCUGAAACGUUGGCCUUCGAAAGAAAAGGCGCGAUCUGUCAAGUCUUUUGGAUUUAAUUUAUUGGCAAGAUCGAAUUACCACUGGCAGCUCUCAUUCACACGUGCAGAGCAGGAGCUAUUAGAGGGUAUGGAUGAAGAUGGAAGCUGCCGUUUAAAGUGUUUACAGGUCAUAAGAAAGCUGAAAGAAGACUACUGGUGCCCCGGAAGUAAACCAGUCAUCACAUCCUAUCACCUGCAGACGCUGUUGUUUUGGACUUGCGAGAAAUAUCCACGCUCUAAAGAUUGGAAAAAUUUCCAAAAAUGCUUUCUGCGCUUGGUAAAGAAACUUCAGAAGUGUGUGCUACAGCGAUACCUCCGGCAUUACUUUGUGAAGAGCUUUAACCUGCUUAAGUAUGCUAACACAAAUGAACUGGAUAUAACAUCUCAGAAAAUUAAUGAGUUCUUAAUGAACCCUAGUGUUUACUUCCACUAAAUUUUCUCUGACUUUUUAAAUGAACAACAGGUUCCAAUGUGCCAAGUCUUAAUGACUUUUCAAGACUCUCCAUCUUUUACCUGAAUUAAAGUUGAGUUACGAGUUGAUAUUAAUACUGUGAGAAGAACACAAGUAGAAAUCACUAAUGGCAUUAUUAUCGUAUGAAUAUUUGUACCAGAUUUCUCUCUGAUAUUUUAGAGAUGCCAGUAACCUCCAGUAAAACUUGGGAGGUGAAUUAAAUAAGAUCAUGUUAUGAAUUCAUACAGUAACAUUGCUGAUAGUAUUUCUAUCCUAUAAUGUGCUUAAAGGUUUAAACAUCUUAAGAUGUUUCUUUGCUGUGGACUUGCAUGCCUUGAACAAUAAUCCAAAUUUGCAAAUUAAAUUUUCAUUUGCUCCUACUGUGCGAUACAUUUUUAAAAAAAGUGUUACAAUGUAGCCAUUGUUUAGUGUUCAAUAAAUUGCUCUUAACCAAGGGCUGCCAAAUGUCAUUGUGUUGAUGAAAUGCACAUUUAAAUUUCAGCAAAAUCUCACUAAAUUAAAGACAGACUUUCUGUGAUUCUGAUUUAA